ACAGGCAGGGAAGGGAGAAAAACCCUAGAGUUUGGGGAUUCUCCAACCAACACACAGCUCCGAGCCACCACUACCGUUUCUAUGUCAAACGCUUCUCAGAGGACCAAUAGCCGAUCGAAUCAAUGACUAGGGCGAGAGAAGAUACAUGUUGAUCUCUGUCAAAGUGAAUAAGCUUGCUAAAAUCCUCCUCUCGGCUUUGGAUCCGUAUGUCUUCCGCCAGCGGCACCCGAUCAAGUAAAGAAAGUCCGAGCUCCAAUAUUAAGUUUAGCCGAUUUUAAUCAUGUUGGGAUGAAAUGGGAGUCUCAAUUCGGAGUGUUCAGGUUCUGAUUAAGGGGAAGGGAAAAUGAAGGGCAAAUAGAGAAAAUGAAGGGUGAAUCGAAGAGUAUGCGAAAGAGAGGAAGAUGCUUGGCUUGGUUCAGCGUUUUAGAGAAAGAAGGAGUAUAUGGUCUGAAAACAGAUAUUCAGGAUAUCACAGAGCCAAUAGAUGAUUUAUCUCUAAACACACUCCUUGAUGGAAGCUGCACGUAUCCCAGAUUAGGAAAAGACAAGGGGAAGAAAGCAGCAAUACACACUGAUAAUAUUAUGCAUUCUAUUGGAAGAGCUUGCUCGAUUCUUCAACUCUCAGGGUCGCACCAGUCCCAAGAUUUUGCUGAGGUUGAUAGCUUUUCUAAUAAGAAAAAUUCCCCAUUCCUAUCGAGCUCUGUAACAAAUGGUGCUAAUGUUGAUUCUUGCAUGGCAGAUGUAUCUUUGACUGACAAGGUCGAGGACCGUUGUAACUUAGCUGAAGCUUCUAUUAAGCUGCUUGAUAUUCCAUUAUGUAAACCUAAAGAUGUUUUGAAACGUCUGGUGCUUCCUCCACCCAAGGAUUUGGAGUCUUUGCUUCUGGAUGCAACUAAGCCUGCUGUAUCUUCUAGAAACACUCCAGAUAUGCGUUCACGCAAGCAAAUGUCUCGUAGAGCUAGCUUGCCGCCAUUUCCUUGGUCACAUACUUUUAAUGGUCAUUGUAGAAUCAAUUCUGAUGCUGCUAAAUUAUUAACAAGUAAGAGUACGUGCCAAGGAAGAUGGGUAAGGAUACAGAAUUCUGCUAAUUCUCUCAAGACUGGCACCAGUUGCCUUGCAAAGUUGGAUUCAUUAGUUUAUGAUGAAACUCUAGUUCCUUCAGAAGAGCAGAGGUUAGGUGUUAAAGAAAAUAGCAUGUCUCGAUCUGUAUCUCUGAGACUUUCUUGGGCCAAAAUGGGAUCAUCAUCACCUGCCACCUGUUCUAGAUCUUCCUGUGCUUCUCGAGAUUCUGGAGGUGAACUGAAGUAUCAAGCAAAUGUUGAGCACUGUCCAGCUGUAUUGGCUGCAGCUGAAACCUUGUAUGAAAUGGCAGCUAACACCUUGAGGCGAAACCAAGAAGGAAUAGUUAGAUGGAUAAAGAAGCCUUCACAGAAGGUCGUGAAAGGUUGCAAGUCAAAAUUGAGUGAGAAGGCUGAAGAAAUAUUUUCAGCAAGGAUUGCGGUAAUGAAAUCUGAUGAUUUAGCUUCCUCAAAAAAUGGUGCGGUUCAGAUGAUGCCUUCAAAAAGGACUAAGCUUGUGCACUCUGCAGUUGAGAAUAAAAGUGAAAUUGGAUCGACCAAAUAUGCUAGAAAAAGACCAGCAAACUGGUUGACUCUCAGAUCCAAUAGAUCAUCACCCAACAAGUCAGUUAGGCAUUUGAUUGCAGAAACAAGCCAUCCUGGUGCUGUCAUUGUGAAGCAAUGAUGUGUGUUUCAAUCAGCAGCAAAGAUUUUGGACAAGGUCUGCAACAGUCGAAAGAAGUUUCGUAAUAUUUAUGCAAAUGAACAGGAAGGAGGAAGCAACAAGCACGAGUUAUCAAUGAUGCUCGACACAAAGUCAAGAAAAACACACUAACAUUUGUUGUUACUUGUUGAUGUCACUGAUGGCUUACCAACAAAUGGUUGGUUUGUAAAUAUCUUGUUGUAGGGAAAGCAACGAUGUUGUCAGUGAAAGUUUAUGCUGUAAGGAGAUUCAUCUGGAAAUGGAAAAACAGCAUUUCCUUCUUGUAACUUUGAAGACAGUUACAGAUUACAGCAGGAAUUCUUCGCCUUGUGUAGAGUAUUUUCAGAAGGCAAUACAAAUUUCAAUUUGUUCCAAC